UUCUCAACCCGUUCGACAAUUUCCGUUCUUUUCCGACCUAUGACGGAAGUCUGCAUUUUGCUCACAGCUCACAACGCCUCUUUGUUUACUGUAUUUCCGAUGUCGAGUCUACCUGCUGCUGCAACGACUGUAUUUCCUAGAGCCAGAUUUGGUCCCCCCGCGGUCGGGUCGACUGUUGUAUCGGAUCCGAUUUGCUCCGAGUCAGUACCGACCGACAGCUCAGAGAUGGAAAAUGUAGAUAUGAGUUCGGAGGUGCAGUCUUGGUUAGCUGCGCUGUCCGUCUCCUCCUUCCCAGGAAUAACUUCGGAGAGCUGCCAGCACGGCUCCCAGGAGAGACUUCAAAGCACAGAGACAUUACAGCCUCCUGAGAGCACCUGCAGCCCUGAGCAGCAAACCACCGAUGUGAAUGAUCCGAGUCUAUUCAGCCAGCCACAGCUCUCUGCAGAGAAAACCCAAGAAGGCCGUGCCAGCUCCAGUCACCCGCUAACCACCCAAAAUUCCCUCGGUGACUCCGCGGUGAUCCACUCAGACCACAAUGGUGUGGCAGAAGCGGGACCCGAGGCUCCGUUAGAGGAUGAGAAAGUUCAGUUGCCCCCACUGGCACCCCCCUUGACCUGGACCUUACCGGUCAUCAAGGAGUUCAAGGCAAAGCUGCGGCUGGAGGAGGCGGCGGUGCUGACGGUGUACCGCGGAGACGUGGUGACGGUUCGUGUGCCGACUGUCCCGGAGGGGAAGCGGCUGUGCUGGGAGUUUGCCACUGAUAACUACGACAUCGGCUUCGGGAUUUACUUCGACUGGAUGCCUGUGACGAGCCGAAUGAUCACCGUGCAGGUCAGCGAGUCGAGCGACGACGAAGACGAUGAAGGGGAGGUGGAAGGCUCUGUAAGUUCAGGAGAUAUAGAAAGUGGAUCGAAAGCCUGCCCUAUCUCUCACCUAGGUGAGAUUUUACCAGUGUACCGACAAGACAGCCACUUAGCGGUGCAGGCUGGCCAUCACGAAUACCCUGGUGAAGGAAUGUACCUGCUCAAGUUUGACAACUCCUACUCGCUGUGGAGAAAUAAAACUCUUUACUACCGUGUAUAUUACAGUGAUUGAGACCAGAGCAGCGGAUUGAUGAUGAAUGUUUUGAAAGAUCUAUUUUUAUGUGUCGUGAAAUAGAGUGUAUGAAGCAGGGGUAGGUGCAGUGUAUAUUUUGUUUUAAUUUCUCAAAUAAUAUUAUAUUAUAUUAAUAAUAUAUUACCGUAACUGUACUAGAGAAUUCAAAUAGAACCAUAAAGUUGAUCUGAUAUAUGAAAUCAUUGCUGUUUUUAGAAACAGCUUUCAGAAGUAAAUGAUUAUCCUGCUAGAUCAUUAUUUAGUCUAGAGACCUGUGUCCUCGGUUUCAGUUUUGCGCUAAUGAGACAGAUCCUGACUGCAUAAACAGGGUUGGUUUGACACGUCUGAGCUGCAGAGGAAGGAAAGGCUUCUGCACACAGCAUUCAUUAGCACACUCAAGAGCUAUAGAACCUGAGAGGCUGUGAUGGAUUUCUUCUUAUUUUUAUAAUGUUUGCAACCCCCCCCCCCCCCCCCCCCCCGAGAGGUUUUCAUUGGCUCUACUGAAAUACUGUGUUUUUGUUUGUUUUGUUAGAUCUCUGUUAAAGUAUCUCUCUGACUAUGAGUUCAGGAGCUCCUCUUUAGGUUUGCUUGCCUGCCGUAGACUAUGUAAUUUAGGCUAGAUCGGCCAAUGUGCCUUUAUAUAAGACAAUACCAGCACCCUCUGUUGCACAGCAAUGGAUUGCCAGCAAAACAAAAGGAAACUUGAUCCAUUGUAGCAGAUUACAAGAUGAUGCUGGGUCUUCUUUUUAAGAUGACGAUCUGUCUAUGUUACAAAUAUUUAUGGCAGACUUACCAAAAAAACCCACAGUAUUUAAAUACCAUAUUCCUUUGAAUUUAAGAUGCAGCCCAAAUUUCCCACCCUCAAUUUGAGGAAAAAAUAAAACAUCAAAUAAAUAUGCAUUUACAAAGAUACAACCUCAAUUACGCAUAGAGGCAGUUUGCAGCCGUCUGCUGUCACACAGAGCAUUACAGUUAUGUGCUGCUUCUCAUUUCCAGUCGUGAUUACUCACACCUGUUUUUCUCCCAGUUUGUGAACUGUGGUAUUGCUUGGCAUGUCGAAAAAUAUGGGGGUCUGAUCAGCAUUUCCGAUCUGUCCAAGCUGGUACUGUUUGUUAGAAACACUGAAAUUCCACAGGAAGCUAAUGGUGCUUCUUUGAAAAUGACUGCGUGUAUGUCAUGGAUGAUUCGAGAUCGGGUAGUAACAUUUUGGUUAAUCUUUUCUUGGCAGUAAGUCACGUUGCUGCUUGUGUAUUCGGGUAGUGACGUCUUUGUUCGUCUUUUCUUGGCAGUCAGUCACGUUGCUGUUGUACUCGGGUAGUCAGGUCUUUUGUUGCCGAUUUUAAUAUAUGCAUCACUGUACUCGAAAUUAAGACACAGGCUAUUUUCGAGAAGCAAAAAAUGGCUCAAAAAGUGCAUCUUAAAUUCGAAGGAAUAUGGUAAUUGCAAUGAGAACCACUAAGAAUAAAAAGGAAAGGGUAAGAAAACAGCAUUAGAAGUGAAGUAAUAGGAUGCCUCUGUAAGGUGACCCCCUCCAUAGUGGUCUGACCUCAAACCAGACUUGCAUUAGUUAGCAAUCUGAGGUGUUUAUUUAAUGAUUUCUGGGCGUGCAUGCUUGUUUCAUUGAUCUAAUGCUGCUGUACAGAAAGUACUUUUUUUUUAACUAGUGAGAUAUUUUAAUUAGGCCUACAAAUUCAUGGUUUAAAAACUGCUUCUGUCAAAUCUGAGAGAAAAGAGAGAGUCCCCUGUCCAUUUAUUCCAUUUAUGCCACUUUUUCAAUACAAACAGCUAUAUCUUCUGUUCCUUUCUCUUCAGCUGCUGUUACCAAGCUUGCCAUUCAGCGAAUUCAAGCUUUUUAACAGGCGUUCACCAACAGCAGGACGGUCUGUUUCUGUGUUUGAUCUUUUUAACAGGCGUUCACCAACAGCAGGACGUCCUGUUUCUGUGUUUGCUCUUUUUGGCCUUGGGGGUGCAGGCUAGCCUAUAAUUUGUUGUGUGUUUCUUUUUAAGUUAUUAUUUAUAAAGAAAGCCUAUUUAGAGAACCCAGAUACUGUUACCCUUCUGUGUAUACCUCUGUUUUUUUGUCAGUCUUGUGAUGUUUGUAGAAGAUUAUAUUUGGUAUAUACAUGGGGCCUUAUUUUCAAAGCAUUUACUCCAGUCCUGAAUUUUACAAAACUAGACCCAAACAACUAUGCUAUAUAUUGCAAGCCCUUUGAAGCACUCUCAAGGUGUCUUUGUUUCUCAUUUUAUAACAUUAACAUGAAUUUCUCCUUUCAAAAAAUGCAUUUAGUUAGAGAAGAGAAUAUGUGGUUUCCAAAUACAUACAGAAGCAUAUACAUUUGGCAAAGGACUUCAAAUAUCAGUCAAGCUUCAAAAUAUCCCUCUAUAAAAUCCCAGGCUAGUGUUGACUGUGAUUUCUAUGAAACCCUAAACAAGCCAUCUGUUACCAGUUCUUUGAUUGAAUCUGCUAAUAUGAAAACUGUUAGCUUUGUACUAUAAUAUAAUGUUAUAUUCCAUCUUGCAGUACAAUGAAUCAUUCAAAAUAUAUACAUUAAGGUCAAUAUGCAUUAAUAUAACUGUAUGUUGUGUUUGAACUGUUAAUAUAAGAUGAUUAUUACUAGCCUGGCACAUCAUUAUAACCAAAAUAUGUUUGUUUUGUUUAUUUGAAUAUACAUUAAAGCACUAAAUGAUUCCAGUA